GUUUUUGCUGUAAUCAAGCAGAUCAAAUGCUAAUGAAUGAGUGAGGAUAUGAGUGUGUUUUGCGCAGAUCUUCCACAUGACCUAUGACCUGGCCAGCGCGAUGGUGCGGAUCGUCAAUCUGAUCGGGAUGAUGCUGCUGCUGUGUCACUGGGACGGAUGUCUGCAGUUCCUGGUGCCGAUGCUGCAGGACUUCCCACCCGACUGCUGGGUCUUCAAAAACAACAUGGUGAAUGACACGUGGGGCAUCCAAUACACGUACGCACUGUUUAUGGCCAUGAGCCACAUGCUGUGCAUCGGUUAUGGCGCUCAGGCUCCAGAGGGAAUGACGGAUGUCUGGCUCACAAUGCUGAGCAUGAUCGUGGGUGCAACCUGCUAUGCCAUGUUCAUUGGUCAUGCAACGGCCCUCAUCCAGUCCCUGGACUCCUCACGCCGACAGUACCAGGAGAAGUAUAAGCAGGUGGAGCAGUACAUGUCGUUCCAUAAGCUUCCAGCAGAUGUCAGGCAGAAGAUCCACGAGUAUUAUGAACAUCGAUACCAGGGCAAGAUGUUUGACGAGGACAACAUUCUGGGAGAGCUAAGCGAGCCCUUAAAGGAGGAAAUUGUUAGCUUCAACUGCCGAAGCUUGGUGGCUAACAUGCCUCUCUUCGCUAACGCCGACCCAAACUUCGUAACGGCAGUGCUAACGAAGCUGAAGUUUGAGGUGUUCCAGCCCAAUGACUUCAUCAUUCGCGAAGGAACUGUCGGUCGUAAAAUGUAUUUCAUCCAGCAUGGACGGGUCAGUGUACUAACUCGUGGCAACAAGGAGACCAAGCUCAGCGAUGGGUCAUACUUUGGAGAGAUCUGUCUGUUGACGCGCGGCAGGAGGACAGCAAGUGUCCGAGCAGAUACAUACUGUCGACUUUACUCCCUCAGUGUGGACAGUUUCAAUGAGGUUCUGGAAGAGCAUCCCAUGAUGAGACGGGCCUUCGAGACUGUGGCAGCAGACAGACUUGAUCGCAUCGGUAAGAAAAACUCAAUUCUGUUGCGCAAGACCUCACAGGGAGGAUCUGUAGCAGGCAGCAGUUUGGGACGGGGUGGAGGGAGCCGCGGAGGAGGAGCAGGAGGUGCUAGUCUGGGUUCUUGUGACAGUGUUUUGGUCCAGCAGAUCGUGAAGCAUGAUAGCAUGCCUACCAUGCAGGACAUCACUGCUGGCACCCGAGGCACCACGGGAGGCACAGUCUCACCCCGACCUCAUCCGGUUAUCUGGGCACCGCUGGUCCACGCUCCCCUGCAGACGGCCGCUGCCACCACCAACGUAGCCAUUGCCUUGAUGCAUCAGCAACAGCAGCAGCAACAGUUGCAGCAGCAGCUACAACAGCAACACGCCCUUGGAGCUGCCAUCUUCCUUCCCUCCGCUCUUCCCAUCUCGCCAUCACCCUCGUCCUGCCCACUCUCUCCUCCCCGUCCGCCUAUAUUACAUCCUCGGCAGUCGCUCAGCUCCCUCAUCAGCGUAAUGGGCGGGAUGCCCCCCCGAGGAGUCCCGCCUUCUGUAACUCCUACACCCUCGCCCUCCACUAUUGGACCGACUGCUGUGGGCAUGGCUCCUUCAGGGUGUGGAGUUGCAAAAACUCCUCCUACUCCUGCCUCAUCAGUGCCUGCCCCCCUGCAGCCUGGAAGAGCACUUCAUCACAGUCUCCGCCUCCACACGGAGCCCACAGCAUCAUCUGUCCAUAAAGUCCUUCCUCCUUCUUCAGCAGUGGCGACGAUGUCUGUUGAAGGGCGCAAUGUUGGCUCUGCUCCGCAGGGGGCCAAAGAGGCUUUGCUGCGUCAUGUUGGAGGAGGCAGCACCCAGGGCCUCCCCAUGAUUGGUCGGCUUACCCAGGAGGCCAGACUACUCUCUGCCUCCCAGCCGACUCUCCCCCACCGCAGCUGGGCAAGCAUGCAACCUCACCCGCCUCUCCAUCGUAAAGCAUCCGGAGGAAACCUGCUUCCGGCACCCUUCCUUUUGUCGUCAGGACUGGCUAGAGGAGGAAGUGCAGGUGUUUUGAGCUCAAACGCGCCUGGUGCCACACAGGCACCAACACAAAUACCCCUGCUGUUGGCACACACACCUCCACUCACAACAGCUCCAGGAUCAGCUCCUUCACCCCUUGCCCCCUUCUCGUACUCCCCGAAGCAAAACCCUCUUUGUUCCACCAAUGCUCCUUUAUCCCUCGCGGCCACAUCUUUUGGUCUAGGGGUUCCUCAAACCCAGCGCGCUAAAUCCGGCACUGCGAUACCUACUCCUCCUUCAACCUCUCCUCCUCCUUGUCUAUGCCCUCCUUCUCCCUCUCAGUCCACCUCCACCUCUCCAACUUCAUCUUCCGGCACUUCUUUGGCUCAGAAUUCCCGUACCAAACCAUCUCAGACGCCUCCUCCACCGUCCCCAUUAACCUGCAUCACUAACUCAACGCCCACCAUCACUCCUUCUCAAACCACCACCCCGACUCGAACCCCAACCCCUGUUCAAACACCUAUUCAGACCCCCACCCAAUCUAGAACACCAGUGGCCAUCCAAACCCAAUCCCAGGGUCGCUGUCCAACUCCUGUCCAGAUCGCAGCAGCUGCACAAACUCCAACCUCAGCCUCCGUUCAGAGUCCGCUUCCCGCCCAGACUCCAAGCAAACCUCUGAGUUCCACCCUGAGCCAGAGCUCUGCUGUCCAGAUGCCAGCCACUGUCCAGGUUCUUGGUCCUCCUUCGACUUGUUCUGCAGUCUCCAGUCAAACGCAAACCUCAACUACCAUACAGAAUCCGAGCUCUUUCUGGACCCCAGGCUCUCCCAUCAAUACCCCAGCCCAAAGUGGACCGUCAACCCCUGUUCUGACCCAAUCGCAGACACAAGCUCCACUUGCUAAAGUUCCUGCUGCUGCACCAUCACUUUCUCCCUCAUCAACUCCAUCUCCAGCUGCUUCACAGCCACAGAAGCCCACUGCUAGCCAGACUCAGACCUUAAACAUCCUGUCCACUCCAACCUUAAGUCCAUCUUCCAUUCCUGCUUCCACAGCCUCCUCAUCUACAGUCCUCCAGUCCAUCUCCAUCACCUCCACUUCAACAAAAGAGGCAAAGAAAGAGCAGGACUUGCCUCAGACGCAGAGAGAUUCAGAGACAAAGAAACAGAAAUAUCCUGCUAACAUGUGAGGAGGAUGGUGGACACUGGACAAAGGAUCAAAGUUUAUCCGUGGUGAGUUUAGGAGAUGAGAUCUCACAAGUCAGCUGUAUCAGUUCAGGCUCUACAGGUUCCAUGAGCAUGCUGUGUGCAUUUGACCCUCUCUAGUCUUGACCAUGGGAAGGUCUAACAUCCCUGACUUUACAUCUGAUCAAGGUAAAAAAAAAGAGCAGAACAUGAUUGGCUCAAAAGUAGAACUAGAGUCUCUGUGUUGGCCGGGUCAUCUGGGAAUGUCAGGUAGAAUAUUUGUGUAGUCCUGCUGAAAAGACUAGACUGAAUUGCAGUGGUCUGACUGGUGAACCAAUAUAUUCAUGUUGAUCACCAGCAAAACAUGCGAGAUACAGUGGAUUCCAACCCUGCUUGUAGAGCCCCAAACACUGCACAUUCUGCAUUUUUCACACCUGAUUCAGGUCACCAGCUCUUUAGUAGAGACUCCAAGACCUGAAAUGGGUGUAUCAGACAUUGAAAAUGUGCAGUGUUUUGGGACCUCUAGAAACAGGGAUAGGAACCACUCUGCUAGAGAACCAGCAUGAUCUUUUUACAGAGGCCCAAAGUGGUACUUGAGUAUAAAUACUGGUCUUUUCCACAGGGAUCUGGUAAAUUAAUGCUUUUCAAUUUUUCACAGAACAGAUGCACAUUCUGUCAUUUGCCAAAAAUAUCUUAAAGAGAAUGUAACAACUGCAAAACUGCCACUACUUUAAGAUGCAUUUGCACAGCCUUGUUAAGAUUAAAAAAUAUCAGAACACCAGAGAAAGUUUGAAAAGAUCAAAACCAUUCUAGACAUAUAACAUAUCCUGUCGAAAGACGUUUCUGUGUGGAUUUAGUGUACACUGCCUGUAAACUAUAAAUGGUGCAUUAUACAUAGUGUGUUAUGCAGAAAAAUAAUUUCUACAUGAAAACAGAAACUACAAUUUUAACCAGCUUUGUGCACUUUUGUUUUGUCGUUCUCUGUCAAACCGUUAGCCAGUGAUUACCUGAUCAGUAUGCAAAUCAAAAAGAUUCAAAUCAAAAUUAAACGCGAGUGAAAAUUCACGCGAGUGAAAAAAUACCAAAGGACAUAUUUAGGGAAUCAAAUGAUGAAGCAAUGCUACAGGAUUUCUUGUAUGAAUUGAUUUUGGCUUUAUAUUCUCAUAGGAAAAGAGAACUUUUGUUGCUAUGGCGAGUUUCCAGUUGGUGCUUCCAUUGAUGCAAGAAUAUAUACGUGGAUUCCCUAAAGGGACACGGUGAUGGAACAAAAUGAGAUUACAUUUAAGUGCUUUUGCAUUCUCUCACAAAAUAUUGCCACUGACCUUAUGUGUGAGACUUUUGGUUAAGGUGUUUAAUGUUAUUUUACUGAUGGCCAGUGUCAGCAUGCUCAGAAACCUCACGACCUGAGUCUGCAUAAACUGACUGAUGUUAAUAUCUGAAAAUAUCAACCUUGAUUUCCAGCUUCUCCUGUCGUCUCUUUUUUAAUCUCCAAAGUGUAACAUUUGCCCAUUAUAUAACUAAUAAUUAGCAUCACAGAUGUGAAGAUACGUAUUUAAAUAACUGUAAAGAAUAUAUAUAUCAGUAUAAUUCUUUUGAUAAAAAAUAGAAGCAAUCCAUUAGUAGUUUGUCGUCUCAGGUGUUUGAUGUUAGUUUUGGACAAUAUGACUUUAACAUUCAUAUUCUCACUCUGCUGUAACUGAACUAGUGUUUUGUUUUGAUUGUGUGUUGCACUAAACAGCGAGCGCACAGCAGCGCUUUAGUUCCGCCGUGAGCGUGUCUGCCUCUUUCUGUCCGUUAGUGUCACGACACACAUCCGACGCUUUAUGGUCUUUCAUCUGGACCAGAGCAGCUUUCAUCUUUCUCUUGCUCUUGUACUGUAGUCGCUUCCCUUCAGUGACACACACACACACACACACACACACACACCUCCCAGUAUGAAUCUGUCAUGUUGUGCCCAGUGCUGUUCCUUAGUGUUUUGUGCUGAUAGUGAGAUUAUGUCUAAUUUCCCCUUCAAUACCAUGAUGCCUAGAUUGCACAUUUAAGGACCAAAUGUUUCUUUUUAUUUGUUCUCACAGCUUUAGCUUUUGAGAAAAAGGAAAUAAUAGUCUAUAAUGAUAAAUACAAUGACAUAUAAAGGCCAGUUCAGACUGCACUGACAGACAACAUACACUUGGUUGUUACCCGUCGGGUGUGUGUUGCCGUUGGUUGGUGCUUGUUUUUGCUGAUUGAAUCCGUGUUUGUUGUGUCUUGGAAUGAUGUACUGUACUCGGUCAGCUGUCGGUGUGGUGUGAACUGGCCUUAAGAGAAAUAAUGAAGAACGUGUGAAAAGUGAUUUUUGCCAAAUCAGAAUAAAGUGAAUUUAGAAUCA